AUGCAUCUCGUAGCUUUUCGCUCUAUGCUUUUUGGAGAGGUUGCGUCGUCGGUCUUCUCUUUCCUUCUCCAAGGGUCCUCGAGCGGCUGGUUCGGAUUGGCCUGUCCUGGCCAUUGUGUGGGGUCACUGAGUUUCUCCGUCUCUUUGGCCUUUGGAGGCUUCUGCGCCGGGGCCCUCACCACCCUUUUCCUCCUCCGCCUCCUCCCGACUUACGUCUCCGGGCUUACGCUUUGCAUGGGCGACGACCUGGCCCGGACCAUCGCUGAGGUGCAAGGGGCCCUUGAGAGGCGUUCUGACAUCCGUGCUCGCUUCCCUGCUUGCCCUCCUCACUGUUUGCUCCUGCGAACCACUUCACUGCCGCCGACCGAGGUUUUGGAGGGCACCGUGGCCACUCCUGAUCCCACUCCUGUGCUUAGCUUGCGGCCUACUGUCUACAUUGUCUUGCCGAGCGAGAGGCUUGACCGCCCUGCCCGCUUUGCAACCUUCCGUGUCCUUCGAGCCGCGGUGGGCCCACUGGAGGGGACGCGUCUUUUGCAUUGCAGCAGGCAUUCCCUUCCCUGCAUCGCAAUGAACGCAGAGGCUUUAAAGGUAGAUGGGGAAAGCGCAGGUACACUCUGCACUAUAAAGUGGCCUCCCGUGCCCGACGUGCCGGACCGUGCCCUUCACUUGCUCUUACCCUUGCUUCGCAGGCCUGGCGCUUUCCUUGCUGCGCUCCUGGAGGAUGUCCAGAGUCUCUCGACGGGCGAGGCCCUAUCGGUCUUCGGCCCUUCCGUCGUGGUGUCUGUGCCGGCAGUGGAAGAGGGAGAUCUUGGGGAGGAUGUGGCAGCAGGCUACGACAUACAAGUGAUCCUGCUGGACUUGGACGAGUCCCUCCUUUCCUUUAUGGGCCCUUUCGAUCCUGUCACAGAGCCGGGGCUGGUUGUUGGUUUCGAGCCUGCCGCCCCUCACGUGAUGCCGGCGCCAGAAGAUCUCAUGAAAGCCGCUGUCGAUUGGGUGAGUGGAGAUCAAGCCCCAGGCCUCGCUUAUGUUACCGCCCAAGAGGGCUCGGAGGGCCACGAGGAUGCCCAGCCGAAGAGGGCUGCACGUGCCAAACGCGUCACCACGGCACAGCUGGCCGAACAGGUGAACCAACUUGCUUCUGUGCUGCCCGGUCUUGUCGAGCAGGUGAGGCUCGUGUCGGAGCGACAGGCGGCUCAGGCUUCGGCUCCGCAGCCGCCGGCUGCUCCACCGCAUCAGCAGAACUUCCCACAGCUCGGCCCGACGCCUGCUCCUCAGCCUGCCCCACUUGCAGGUCUGGCCGCUGCCCUGCCUCCUCCUGCCCGCUUGGGGUUGGCUCCGAAAACGGCGCCUGCGCCCGCCGCUCCUGCACCGGCCGCUGCGCCAAAGUCCUCUGCCUUGCCAGCCUCCUCGGAUCAGCUAGCCACAGCCAUUGCUCAGCAGGGUCAGGCCUUGAGUCUCCUAGUGUCGCAUCUCGCCUCGCAAGGCGAGGCUCUCGACCUGAACGCGGCCACAGCAGGACUGAGCACAAAGGGCUCGGCGAAGCGCGAGAAGCUCCAGCAGGAGCUCAUGACCCGCACCGGCUCGUUUUACCUUCAAGUGUGCCAGAAUGCCUAUCGUCGGCUUUACCCCGCCGCCACAGUGCCGGCGACCUUAGCCGAGAUGAAGGCAGAUGGCAAGCUCAGCUUCGUGACAUAUAUGGAAAGGUUUGGUGGCUACGGCCAGUGCCGCGACCUGGCCCUCGUCAUGCAUCAGUUGGCGUUCAUCGCAGACUGCCUUGUGCAGGACGACGUGCAUGGUGCUCGCGAGCACUUGGGGCUUCUCUUGGCAUCUACCGAGCAGGCGGCCCAGGAUCGCAACUGGUCCCUGGCCUACUUACUUUGCCUGCUGGAGGAACCGGCGCCCCAGGUCUACACCUCCCGAACACAGGGGGCUGCGAGCCGCCUUCGGGCUUUCACUCCUUUGGUUUCGGCCACCUGGGGAUCCACCGCCCUCUCCUAUGUGAAGGAGCUCGACGCCCUGGCUCAAAGGAGAAAGGACACUGUAAGCCCCAAGCAGCCGUCUGCCGAUGCCGCCGACGAUUCCGACGAUGGCGCUCCCGCUCCCAAGCGCAGGCCGCGUUUGCUUCCGCCUCCUCCUCUUGGCUGUGAGCCUACGUCCUUUGCACCACGAGCACCACGAACCCCUUCGGAUGUGCCCUGCCCUUUGUCUCCGCAGGCUUCCCCGUCGGGCCCUUGCCCUGCUACUUCUGUCGUGCCCUCUUCCGUGGCUCCGCCACCUCCGGAUGCAAUCGGCAGCCCAGCCGGGCAGCAGUCACAAUGUGCCUCCUUUUCUUCUUCUGCCGCCCUGUCCUUUAGACGUUGGGCUUUCUCCUUGGCACCCCGCCUGUUAGCCGGCAAGACGGCUUUCUCGGCUUUUUUCAAGAGAACUCUGCAUCUGCGCUGGUGCGGCCAGCCGGCCCCAGCCUCUGUCUUUUUACCUUUGCCGAUUCCUUGCCCAGGUGCCUUCCAGCCUUUGGGCCAUGCUGGCCAGCGUCGCAGGCAAAAGCUUGCGUGCCAGGUUGCACUUCAUGCUGUGGUGGUUGCUGUCAACUUUGUUCACAACGACUGCAAAUACGUCCCGCUACGGCUUCUUGCCCGGCCGCCUAAUCCUGCCCAGGUUCGCUGCCUUCGCUAUCUGAGGGGAUUGGUUCAGACUUUCGGUGACGUCGAGGACGGGAUUUUCCCUGCCGAGACGGGUCGUCGGAUGAAUUCGCUUCUCGCUCGCCUCUCGGAGGUCUCUCAGAGGCUUUCGAUGCUGGGUCCUCUUGGGGACCCCUAUGCACGCGUGCCUGCUGGCAUCGAGGUUCCUCAGGUCAACGACUCUCCGCACCUCGAGCCUUACCGCUCCCUUUGUGCUAGCCGGCUUCGUUUGGCCGGCCGUGCCAACUGGGACCCUGGUGACCUCCUCCCGCCCGAGCUUGCCAUGGCCUUCGCUCUGCCUUCUUCUUUGCUGAGCGGACGGGUGCCUGCCCCGGAGGAGUACCCUCUUCCCGACCGAGAGUCGGUCCCCGAGACGCGGUCUCUCGCUCUGAAAUGGGCUUCGCUCGACUUGCUGCACUUGGAGCCUGCAGCUAAGCUGCCAGCCUACGAAUUCACCCGGGUUUUUAACGCCUAUAAAAACCUUGAGGUUGAUCGACAAAUUGGAGAUCGAAGAGGCCGCAAUGCCGUUGAGGCCAGACUGCCAGGGCCCUCGCGCUUCUUGCCCACGGCCGAUGUCCUUUGCGCCCUGAGCGCUGACGCUAGGACUGAGGGCUUGUGCCUCUCUGUUUCGGAUCGCCGAGAUUUUUACCAUCAGAUUGGCGUACCUUGGGCCCGAUGCGUCACCAAUCGGUUGUACCCUGCUUUCAGGCCCGAGGUCUUCCGAGGAACUCCUGCAUACGAUCGCCUUUGUGCUAGGUGCCUGCCUUCCUACACCUCGAGCCCUGGCCUCACCCCUGCCGAUGCUCCCCCUUUGGGUUCUUGGCCCUCCUUAGUACAGCCGUGCUUUCGAGCAGUCCUUCAGGGUGACCAUAUAGGGGUUGAGCCAGCUGUCGCUGGACACCAGCAGCUCCUCAUUGGGGCUGGGCUUUUGCGUGAUGAGACCAGGCUGCUGGGAGGCCACCCGGUUGGCCCCGGUCCCGUUUGGGACGCUUUGGUGAUCAAUGAUUACUUCUGUGUUGCGAGGACUGGGCGGCGCAGCCUGCUUCUUGGUGAGCCUUCUGCCUCCAGCAGUGCCUUAGACCGCGCCCUGAAUUGCUAUGCGCAUUCCGAGCUGAUCGGCUCACCCGAGAAGGACCUUCGUGACGAGCUGCUGGGAAAAGCAGCCGGGGCCGAGAUAAACUCUACGCCUGCAGCCGCGUCGCGGGGACACAUUCUUGUGUCCGCCCCUGCCUCAAAGAGGCUGGCGCUCUCCGAGCUGACCUUGGAGCUGAGCACUUUCCCUGCGACUAGUGAUUGUCUCCACUCGUGCCUGAUGGGAGCCUGGACCUCUGUGGCUUUGUUUCGAAGGCCUGCCGUCGCAUGCUUCCAGCAUGCGUACAGCCUUUUCCCGGCGAGCUCUUUGGAGCCAAGCUCUCCCAAGACCGUGCCGCUGCCGAGGCGCAUCGCUAUGGAGCUGCAGCUCAUUUCCCUGAUUGCCCCUCUUGCUGUCACGGAUGUGUCGGCUCCGUAUAUCGACCGGCUCUAUGCUACUGACUCCUCAGAGCAUAAGGGUGCAUACGUUUCGGCUGCGAUCCCUAGGGAAUUGUCUGAGAGCCUUUGGUUAUGCUCGGAUCGCAAGGGGGCCUACGCUCGGCUUGCUUCCAAGGCCGCUUGCAUACUUCAUAGAAGCGACCCGCUGCACGAGGACGUUGGUCAUGAUCCUUCUGAGGAGCCUGCCGAGGCCCUGCUGCAUGCUCCGAGGCCUCUGGCGUACCACUUCGACUUCCUUGAGUUGUCUUUGGGGCCGCCUGCCCUCUCUGGUGAGCUUUCCCGGCUUGGUUACGCGGUCGGUCCUUUUAUCGAUCUGCGGCUGUCUUCGGACGGUGGUCUCCCUCGCCUCGUCGUUCUCGAGUGGGCAAUGCACCUUGUGGAUGCCGGCCGCCUGCUCGGCCUAUACCUCGUGCCGCCCUGCUCCUGUGGCCUUCCUGCGGUUCUUGGCGCUCACCCGGAGACCAAGACUACCCGACGUGGUGUCCCUGCCCACUUGCACGAAGAGGAAGCGCUUCGCCUUUGCAUUCUCCUCUUCCGCCAUGCCUGCCGACGUGGGAUCUGUGCCCUUCUGGAGCUGCCUCGUGAAGCCGCCCCUGUUGGUUCCCGGGCUUGGCAAGACGUAUUGGCUCGUUUCAAGGCCGAACAGGUCGAUUUGUCCGCUUGUGCUUUCGGCGAUACCCGUCUUCGGAGUCUCUCCUGCCUGGCCUUCGGACUUGACUGCGGCUCACUCCGUAAGGAUUGCCCUGGGUGUCUUCGGCAUGCCCCUCCAAAGUCGGGCUCCUCCUCCCUUGGAUUUCGGCACUGCGCUGGCUUGACCGUUGCUUACGGCCGUGUUUUCAGGGAUGCCCUUCGCUCCCUCGCGUCGUGCACCCGGGACGCUGAUCUUGAUGUUGCAGGCCUGGAACGGCAAGCUGUGAACGACCUCGCCCUGGGCUUGCGUUGGAAGGUCGAUUCUGUUUGGACCUGGCCUAGACCGGUCCAUAUCAACAUCCUUGAAAGCUCUGUGCUCUGUCGGCUUUACAAGGAGAUUGCGAUCACCCAUGGUGCCUGCCGCUUUGUCGCAUUUUGCGACUCCUUCGUUGCCCUCUCCUCUCUCGGGAAGGGCCGCUCCUCGUCUUCGAGCCUUCGCCACGCUACGAGACGAGCUUCCAUGAUCUGUCUCGCCGCUGCCUCUACCCGGGAAGCUGUGAAACAGGACGCCAGCCGCCCUCGACUUCGCCGCUGGGCCUCCUCCUGGGUUCGACUCGCCCUUCUUCUGCGCCCGAGCCUUGCUUUUGCGCCUGCCAGUGGGCUUGGCCUCAUCGAUGCCCACCUUGACUUCAGGGCUUUUGUCCGCACGCAGGGUUUCGACAGUUCCCUUGGUUUCCCUGGUGAGGGGCCCUGCUCUUGCCCUUCUCCGGCGCUUUCGAUCUCCUCUUUCUUCCUCGUCGUCGGUCUGCUUGGUCGAUCUCCUACUUGUCUUGGCUUCUUUGUCCUCGGCCGCGCUUCAGCCAUGGAUGCCUCGCGAGCUGCAAAGGGUGACGCUGCGCGCCUCCUUUCUCGGGCUGGAAAAGAGCUAAAGACUGGCAGGCCUGUCCAGAGGACGACGGAGCUGCGGCGAGAGAAGUUGAAGGAGCUUUUUGGGAAGUGGCUGCUUACUUUCGGGCAGUCCUUUGAGUGGUUUCUGAUGAGGUCUCGCGCCGACCCAGAUUUUGCCAACGAGGUGCUUAUAUGCUAUGGGCAGCAUCUUUACAAGACUGGCAAAACUUACAGCAGCUACUCCGAGACUCUCAACAUGUUCUCCUCUCAUUGUCCCUCCCUUCGAAGACUUCUGCAGCCGGCCUGGGACCUUGCUUUCUCUUGGCAGCGCGACGAACCGCCAGUACACCACACCGCAAUGCCAUGGCAAGUGCUCACCGCGGCGGUUGCUGUUGCACUGAUCUACGGUUGGGUCGACCUGGCUGGAAUCCUCAGUCUCUGCUGGGGCGGCCUGGCUCGAGUUGGAGAAGCACUAGCUGCCGUCCGGUCUGACUUGGUUUUUCCUGCAGAUGUCGGCUCGGUUGGCAUGGGCCACCUUCUGAUGACGGUGCGUGAGCCAAAGACGCGCUUCAGAGCGGCGCGCCACCAGUCUCUGCGUGUUGACCAACCACAGCUGCUACGAGUCCUCACACUGGCUUUUGGUUCCCUGGAGCCAUCUGAGAAGCUCUGGUCCUUCUCAGGCUCCACGCUCCGCAAUCGCUUUCAAAAACUGAUGCUGGCAUUGCGGCUGGGACCGGGCAUUGUGCCAAAAGUCAGGGACUUCGAUAUGGGGUCACUAAGGGCUGGUGGCGCUACUUGGCUGAUGGAUGCUACAGAAAACCCAGACUACGUACGCAGACGCGGACGGUGGAUAACAACAAAGGUCAUGGAGAUCUACGUUCAGGAGGUGACGGCACUCACCUUCCUUCCCCGCCUCCCAGAUGAUGUGAAGCAGCAUGUUUUUGCAUGGGCAGGUGCAUUUGCUGCUACUUUGGAGAAAGCUGAACGUUGGCACGAGUUCAGCAUUCCCCCUUCAUCCUGGAGGUACCUCGCGGCUCACGGCGCUUGA